GGGCGACAUAUGACCAUGCGCCGGGCCCGCCCCGGCGCCGCAGCCUGCGGGACUGCUGCGGAGCGCCGCGCGGGAGGCAUGCACCGGCUGCUGGCGGGGUUGUGGGUGGCGCUUGGCCCGCUGCUUUGGGGCUGCGGGCUGGCGCUGCAGGGCGGGAUGUUGUAUCCCCGGGAGAGCCCAUCGCGGGAGCGCAAGGAGCUCGACGGCCUCUGGAGCUUCCGCGCCGACUUCUCCGACAACCGGCGCCAGGGCUUCGAGCAGCAGUGGUACCGGGCGCCGCUGCGGGAGUCGGGCCCCAUCCUGGACAUGCCCGUUCCCUCCAGCUUCAAUGACGUGGGCCAGGAUGGCCGGCUACGUCACUUUGUCGGCUGGGUGUGGUACGAGCGGGAGGCGAUCCUGCCCCAGCGGUGGACCCAGGACCCGGGCACAAGAGUGGUGCUUAGGAUUGGCAGCGCCCACUACUAUGCCAUUGUGGUCAGUGUGUGGGUGAACGGGGUUCAUGUGGCAGAGCAUGAGGGGGGCCAUCUCCCCUUUGAGGCCGACAUCAGCAAGAUGGUCCAGACUGGGCCCCUGUCCUCCUGCCGUAUUACCAUCGCCAUCAACAACACUCUCACCCCCCACACCCUUCCACCAGGGACCAUCCUAUACAAGACGGAUACCUCCAAGUACCCCAAAGGUUACUUUGUCCAGAGCACAAACUUUGACUUCUUCAACUAUGCGGGACUGCAUCGGUCUGUGCUCCUCUACACCACACCUACCACCUACAUUGAUGACAUCACCGUCACCCCUGGUGUGGACCAAGACACUGGGCUGGUGAACUACCAGAUUUUCAUUCAGGGCAGCAAACACUUCCAGCUGGAAGUGCGUCUUCUGGAUGAAGAAGGCAAAGUUGUGGCCCAGGGGACAGGAGGCCGGGGCCAGCUGCAGGUGCCCAGUGCCCACCUCUGGUGGCCGUACCUGAUGCAUGAGCACCCUGCCUACCUGUACUCAUUGGAGGUGAGGCUGACUGCACAGACGGCAGCUGGGCCUGUGUCUGACUUUUACACCCUCCCUGUGGGGAUUCGCACUGUGGCUGUCACAGAAAGCCAGUUCCUCAUCAAUGGGAAACCUUUCUAUUUCCACGGGGUCAACAAGCAUGAGGAUGCAGAUAUCCGAGGGAAGGGCUUUGACUGGCCACUGCUGGUGAAGGACUUCAACCUGCUUCUCUGGCUUGGUGCCAAUGCGCUCCGAACCAGCCACUAUCCAUACGCAGAGGAGGUGAUGCAGCUCUGUGAUCACUCUGGGAUUGUGGUCAUCGACGAGAGUCCUGGCGUGGGCAUCGUGCUGACCCAGAGCUACAGCAAUGUGUCUCUGCAGCACCACCUGGAGGUGAUGGAGGAGUUGGUGCGCAGGGACAAGAACCACCCGGCCGUGGUGAUGUGGUCUGUGGCCAAUGAGCCCACUUCCUUUCUGAAACCUGCUGGCUACUACUUCAAGACACUGAUUGCCCACACAAAAGCUUUGGACCCCUCACGGCCUGUGACCUUUGUGACCAACUCCAACUUUGAAGCAGACCUGGGGGCACCAUAUGUGGAUGUCAUCUGUGUGAAUAGUUACUACUCCUGGUACCAUGACUAUGGGCACAUGGAGGUGAUUCAGCUGCAGCUGGUGACCCAGUUUGAGAACUGGUACAGGACCUAUCAGAAACCGAUCAUUCAGAGCGAGUACGGAGCAGAAACCAUUGCAGGGUUUCACCAGGAUCCACCUCUGAUGUUCAGUGAAGAGUACCAGAAAGGUCUGCUAGAGCAGUACCAUGUGGUUCUGGAUCAGAAACGCAAGGAAUAUGUGGUUGGGGAGCUCAUCUGGAAUUUUGCUGAUUUCAUGACUGACCAGUCGCCACAGAGAGCAAUUGGGAAUAAAAAGGGGAUCUUCACUCGUCAGAGACAACCAAAAGGUGCAGCAUUUCUUUUAAGAGAGAGAUACUGGAAACUUGCCAAUGAAACUAGUGACCACUGGUCAGCUAGGAAGGCACAGUGUUUGGGAAACAGCCUGUUGACUUAAAGCAAGAACUACCUUUCUGCUGAGAGCAUCUCUGCCAACCCCUUCUCCCCAAGGGCCAACUUCCACAGCAAACAGCAAGUGUUUCCUGGACUGUGCAUUGUAAACUGGAAAGUUUCUGAUCUGGAUUUCGUAGUAAUUUGCUAGAAGGGAACAUUAGAGGUGAAAAUAAAGGCUUUUGUAGUAUGAGAGUAAAGUUGGCUUAAAAGUGACUAUCCAUAAAUUGUAUGAUCUGUACUGUUGAAAAGCAUCUGAAGUUAUUUUUGUGUCAGGUUGUAUUUAUAGCCUGAACUGUAUGGACUCCUGAGAAACCUGCUUCCACACUUGCACCACAUUCGAGUUGCUGGUCAAAGACUCUGCUUCCCCAGGCCUAACCCACAGCCCAGGGGCCCCAUGUGCAGUACCAGGCCAGCCUUGCUGUUCAGCUCCACAGAGGAGCUGCAGUCUCAACAAGUGCAUAGAAAGUGAGCUCAUGCUGGGUGAUGAAUGAGCUCUGUGCACCACUUUCCAAACAGGAACCCUAGCCCUUUGUAGCCCUGUGUGAUGCCAUCUGUCCUGCUCCUUUCCUUAGGGAAUCUUUCCUCUUCCACAGGAAGGCAAGUAAGGCACAUUAUUCCUAAGGUUUCGGUAUUCAUCAAUCCUGACGUAAAGCUGAUUACUUUCAAAAUACUUUUGGUGUCCAGAUGGAAGACUGUGAACCAAAACAGUUCUUAACACAGAACUUGACUUGCUUCUCUUACAGUUGAUUCCACAUGCCUAAGCACACACUUCAUUUUUAGCCUUCCUUCCCAAGCUCCAUGAAAGAAACAGUGAAGGUAACAUUUUAGUGGUCUUUAGGCUACUUUUAAGAAAGAGUAUAGUCAGUUCAAAUAAAUUCAAAGAGUUACAUUUUUGUUACCACUUAAUUUUUCUUAAGUUUCUUGGAGGUAUCAAGUUUUGUGUUUAAAUUUAAUGUCAAGGACUAAUACACAAAACUUUGACAAACAUUAAAAGAAAAAAUAGAUAAACUGAAGUGUACAAAUUAGGGGUAAGAUCCGUUUUUCAAGUCCUAAGGUUCUGGCAUGGAACACAUUUGUUCUAUUCAAUAAAAUAUGGGUAAACUAUU